CCAUUGACUGUCACACUGGACCAUAAAGUGUAAGAAGAGCAAAGACUUUAGCUCUCCCCAUGCUAACAUAUUUUUAUUUUUAUUUUUGUUGUCCUUACCAGAAGCCACUCCAAAACGGAUCUGUAGCUAUCAUGAUGUGGUUGAGUAUCUGAACAUCUCCUCUAAAAGGGAACUCCUCUUAUACUCUAUACCCAAGAGGAACUGGGAAAGCUCCUUCGAAGUAGACCUAGACUUCUCUUUGAUAUCCAUCCUUGCAGUGCAAGAAAAGUCGCAGGUGGUCACAUUCUAUUUCUGGCUCUACAUGAACUGGACGAAUGACUUCCUCUCCUGGGAUCCUUUGGACUUCUGUAACAUUUCUGUUAUCACUCUUCCUGCAAACAUGUUUUGGGUUCCUGAAAUUUUCAUAGAUGAACGAGCUGAUGAAAACAAAUACACAGCCAGUACUCAUCUCAGCAUCAAUUCCACGGGUCAAAUUACUUUCUUUCAAUCGUAUCGGCUUACUUCCUCCUGCAACCUAGAUGUCCAUGCAUUUCCUUUCGACAAACAAAAGUGCAACUUAACACUGACAGUUUCAGUAUAUCCAGAUGAGAAUAUUUUAUUGAAGAGUGCUAAAACUUCCAAGGCAGCAAAUCAAGAUAGUCACAUAUAUUACAUGUCUAAUGGGGAAUGGAAGUUUGAAGAGCUGAGGACUAUUAAUCGUUAUGUAUCUUAUGGUUCAUUGAACUGCAGUGCGGUCAUUUAUGAGAUUACUAUGUCAAGACGAUCCAUAUUCUAUGUAUUAGUGGUAAUCAUCCCAAUGUUUGCUCUCUUUUUACUGGACAUGGCAAUUUCGUAUGCUUUUGGCACUCCUGGAGAAAAGGUUGCCUUCAAAGUGACCUUGAUCCUGCAGGUUACAUUUUUAUCCCUGAUUCUUACUGAUAAACUACCGGCAACAUCAGAUGAUCCACCAAUAAUAGCAAAGUUUUUCACCGGCAUGUUUGUGCUCCUGAUAUUUGGCAUCUUGGAGAAUGCCUUUGAGCUGUAUCUCAGGGAGAAGAAGCCGAAGUUCUCAUCCUUGGUAACAUGUGUGAAUAGAUUUAAGGGAAAGGAGAAAAAAGAAUCUGAGGAUGCUGUUACCUAUUUGGGAUCAGAAGUGCCCAAGGGGAAUGAUCUGAGCACUCCGUUUCCCUUGGCAGAAAGCAGCACUGUAGCAGACAGCCUGGCAUUUCUGAAACAUCUGGAUGGGGAGCUGCAACAGAACAAGAAACAUUUGGCUAUAGAAAAAGGCCAGGAUCUCACUGAACACCAUGAGAUCUUACUUCCUGUCGAGAAGGGGUUGUAUUGUAUCCGCCUGAUUUUAUCAUUGAUGUUUUUAGCCUUCAUUAUUAUAAGUUGGGCAUACUGAAGUACAGAUCAUUGACAUUUACUAUAUGAAAGGCCCCAUGUCACUCUGGCCCCUUCUACACUGCCAUAUAACAUCCAUAUAAUUUGAACUGGAUUAUAUGGCAAUGUAAAGUCAUAUAAUCCAGUUCAAAGCAGAUAAUGUGGAUUAUCUGCUUUGAUAAUCUGAAUUAUAUGCCAGUGUAGAUCCAGCCUCAGAUACCAGAAAAUCCACACAUGUGGUGCAGUUAUGCUAAGUGACCUGCUCUUGUUUGCAUAAGAUCACUAAGACUAGAUGACAGAAAGUCAUAUGGAAUGACUAAGCAAAUAUUGUGGGGAAAUUGGUAGGAAUUGGGGUAAUAUUUGCAACAUUGUGGAGAGUUGAGAAAGUGUUAGAUUUUUAAAGUCUCCGGUGACAUGUUUUCAGGCCUGACAUCUCAGCAAAGUGAAUGGAUAAUCUCUGAAGCCAGAACUGCCACUUUAAUUACCUAUAAUGUCAUUAUAACACCUACCGUUGCAUUUAUUUAUGCCUCUCAGUAAUGUUCAGGAACUUUAUUAUGUGUUGCAUUUGAGAACCGCUGGGAAAGGAACGAAUUAUUCAUGCAAGUGUGAAUAAACUGCAUGCCUCCAGAUGCUACUGGACUGCAUCUCUCAACGUUCCUCCCCAUUGACUAUGCUGGCCAGGAUUCAUGGAAUCUGCAAUCCAUCAAUAUUAAUUUGUGAAAACAGUCCAUCUAAAACAUCUGUUAAACAAUGCUAAAUGCUUAAAAACGAUAUCAAUUUGUGCAUAAGUAACAUAAAUAAAAACAAUAAAGUCAAGAGAUUGGAAUUGUU